AUCGAAACACAAUGAUAUACUAUAAGUGAAUAAUCGCUUGCAGAAAACUUUGUUCAAAUCAAAAUGAUCGCUUCUUGUUUUAUUUUCUUCUUCUUCUUCUUCUUGUUUCUCAUAAUUUUCACAUUUCUUUUCAAUUUUCAUCUUCAGACAAAACACAAAACCAGAAAGAUUCGUAGCCCACCUGGCCCUCCAGGACUACCUCUCAUUGGAAACUUGCAUCAAUAUGAUAGCUUAAGGCCUCACGUGUUCUUAAGAAACCUUUCCAAGAAGUACGGUCCUAUCAUGUCUUUGAGGCUCGGCUCACGGCCAGUGCUCGUGAUUUCAUCAGCGAAAAUCGCGAAAGAAGCCCUAAAAACCAAUGAUCUAGUGUUUUCCAACCGGCCACCCCUUGUUAGCCACCAGAAGUUUUCAUAUAAUGGCUUGGACGUCGGUUUCUCUCCCUAUGGCGAGUAUUGGAGGGAAAUGCGCAAGAUUACUGUUCUUCAUCUUUUGAGCACGAAAAGGGUUCAAUCAUAUCAUCCGAUUCUUGAAGAUGAGGUCUCCAAAGUGGUCAAGGAAAUUUCGGACCUUUGUUGUUCGUCUCAAUUUAUCAACUUGAGUUCGAUGGCGAUGAAUCUCGUGAGCUCGGUAAUAUGUCGAAUCGGAUUUGGGAAGAAGUAUGGUAAAGAAGAUUACAUUCAGAAGAGAAGAUUUGAACAGAUUUUGCAUGAGACCCAAGCCAUGUUUGCGGGGUUUUUUGUUUCUGAUUAUCUUCCUUUAUUGAGCUGGAUUGACAAGCUUUCGGGAAUGUCUAACCGUCUAGAGAAGAACGCCAAGGAUUUGGAUUUGUUCUAUCAAGAACUCAUAGAUGAGCACUUGAAUCCAAACAGGCCAGAUGCAAUGAAAGAUGAUAUUCUUGAUCUCUUGAUCCAGAUGAAACAAGAGAAGUCAUCAUCAUUUGAGUUUACUUGGGAUCACAUUAAGGCCAUGCUCAUGGAUAUUUUUGUAGCCGGAACGGAUACAAAUUCAGCCCUAAUUACAUGGGCUAUGACAGCUCUCAUGCGAACUCCUCCUGCUAUGAAGAGAGCCCAAUCUGAAAUAAGAGAAAUAGUGAGUAAGAAAGGAGUAAUAACAGAAGAGUUACUUCAGGAACUUCCUUACUUGGAUGCAGUAAUCAAAGAAACUUUUAGAAUGCAUCCGCCAAUACCGAUUGUUUUACCAAGAGAAACUACAAAAGAUUGUACCAUUGAAGGAUAUCAUAUUGAAGCCAAAACUAUGGUUCUCAUCAAUGCAUGGGCUAUAGCCAGGGAACCCGAAAGCUGGAAUGACCCAGAAGAUUUUGUUCCGGAGAGAUUUUUGAACAAUUGUAUCGAUUUUCGUGGAAAUCAUUUUCAACUAAUUCCACUUGGAGCUGGAAGAAGGAUAUGUCCUGGAAUCUCUCUAGCUACGUCUAUUGCGAAAAUUGCACUUGCCUAUUUCCUUUACUCUUUUGAUUGGGAACUGCCUACAGGGAUGAAAAUAGAAGAUAUUGAUGUGGACACAGCGCGGGGAGUUACUAUGCAUAAAAGAAUUCCUCUUUCUCUCCUGGCAAAAAAGUAUUAAUCUCUAAAUUAGGUUGCGUUUUCCACUGGUGAACGUGAUACAUUGAAUUGUAAAAGCCAGAUAUGGAGCAUAUCCAAAAAAAAAAAAAAAGUUUGGUGUAACAUUGAACCAUCUAGUUAAAAUAUAUCCAAUAAAAAUGAGAUACACCAUAUAUUAUCAUGGGG